AGUGAUAAUUAAAUUUUAGACUUAAAUCUGAAAGUUAAACAUCAGUGAUUCUUCAUCGUAGAAUGGUUUAGAGGUGAAUUUAUAAUUAUACCUGCUAGAAAUAUUUUUAUUAUGCUAGUUUUUUUUAUCUUCACCCCGCUGCACACCAUCAUUUGUCUUGGCAAAUGCUUUCUUUUAAAUGGUUUUACCUUUCUUUGUAGGCCCUUUUACAUUUAACUAUGCAGAUUCCUAUUUAAACAAGCCAACAUUGGUGUUGAACCCAUACUCUUGGACAAAGGUUGCAAACAUAAUAUUCAUUGAUCAACCUGCUGGCUGUGGAUUCUCCUAUGCAAAAACUCCGGAAGCUUACAACACCAGUGAUACUAUAUCAGCAACACUGACUUAUGAUUUUCUCAGAAAGUGGCUUAUGGAUCACCCCAAGUUUCUCGACAAUCCACUAUACAUUUGUGGCGUUUCCUAUAUGGGCAUGGUUGUUCCAAUCAUUGUUCAGGAUAUAUAUGAUGGUAAUGAAGCUGGAAAUGAGCCACCAAUGAAUAUUCAAGGAUACAUGCUUGUCAACCCUCUAACAGAUAAAAAUAGUGACGUUAAUUCCAGAAUUAAAUAUGCUAAUCGUAUGGCACUUUUAUCAGAUGAACUAUAUGAGUCAACCAAAGCAAAUUGCCGUGACAAUUACAUACAAGUAGAUCCUGAUGACAGAUUAUGCACAAGUGAUCUACGAGUAGUAGACAAGUGCCUCGAGAACAUUUAUUUUCAACAAAUUUUAGAACCCUUCUGUGGUACAACAGUCGCAGAACCAAACUUGCUGAUACGGGGCAGAAGCUCUCUUGAAGAGAAUCCCAUAGACCUACCUCGAGAACCAUGGUGUCGAGAACAUAACUAUUAUUAUGCUGAUGUUUGGGCUAAUGAUAUAGCUGUUCAGAAUGCUCUUCACAUCCUCGAGGGAACAAAAACAGAGUGGGUGCGAUGCAAUAAGACUUUUGAAUACUCGUUUGGCAGAAGUGCAGCCAUAUCUUACACAUUUAAUGCCCCCAGCACUGUUGGAUACCAUCGAAGUCUAACAUACAAAAAUUGUCGAGCUUUAAUAACCAGCGGUGAUCAUGACAUGGUGGUUCCACAUCUGGGAACAGAGAAAUGGAUAAAUUCUUUGAACUUAACAGUUGAAAGUGGUUGGAAACCAUGGUUUGUUGAAGGUCAAGUAGCAGGAUAUACAGUGUCUUAUACACACAAUAACUACUCAUUGACAUAUACUACAGUCAAGGGAGCGGGUCACACAGGUCCAGAGUACAAACCGAAAGAAUAUUUAGCUAUGAUUGAUCGGUGGUUUGCUUAUUCCCCUCUUUAAUCCACAGUUACAGCUCUAAAUUAAUUCAAUCGUCCUGCCUCGUUCAUUAUUUCAAAUUAGAUAUAGGUGACCUACUCAUAUAUAUCUGAUUUUUUUCAAUUUGACGGUCAAAGUCUCGGACAAUUGAUUACCUUUUAAUUAUUUUGUUACGAGGCUUUUGGGAGUUUCCUAAACUUUAUGUCUUCCGUGGCUUUCGAGAAAUAAUGUCACCUUCUCAUUUUUUCAAGUCUAUCUCUAGACACUGG